AUGACAGUACUCCAAAGAAUGGCUCUGGAAAAUGUUUCUUUGGUCACUGAGUUCAUCCUGAUGGGGUUAACAAACCAACCUGACCUACAAAUACCCCUGUUCCUACUUUUUCUGGUGAUGUACAUGAUAACUACAACGGGGAAUUUGGCUUUGAUCAUGCUAAUUGUUCUGAAUUCUCACCUUCACACUCCCAUGUACUUUUUCCUUCUUAACUUGUCCUGCAUAGACCUUUUUUAUUGUUCAGUCGUUACACCUAAAAUGCUGAUGAACUUUGUACUAAAGAAGAAUGUUAUUUCUUAUGAGGGAUGCAUGACCCAGUUCUACUUCUUUUGUUUAUUUGGCAUUUCUGAGUGUUAUAUGCUGACAGUGAUGGCCUAUGAUCGCUAUGUAGCCAUUUGCAAUCCACUCUUGUAUAACACUGUUAUGUCUCCUAAAGUGUGUUCUUAUCUUACACUUGCUUCAUAUUUGAUGGGGUUUUCUGAUGGCAUGAUCCACACUGGAUGCAUUCUGAGACUGACUUUCUGUGAUGGAAACACAAUCAACCAUUAUUUCUGUGACUUCCUCCCUUUGCUGAAGCUCUCCUGCACCAGCACCUAUGUCAAUGAGUUAGAGGCUUUAAUUAUAUCAGGAAAAAACAUCAUUCUACCCACUCUCAUCAUCUUUACAUCUUAUGGCUUCAUCCUCUCCAGCAUCCUCAAAAUAAGUUCCACAGCAGGCAGGUCCAAAGCCUUCAGCACAUGUAGCUCCCACAUAAUAGCCGUUUCCCUGUUCUUUGGAUCAUGUGCAUAUAUGUAUUUGAAACCCUCCUCAUCUGGGUCUUUGGAUCAGGGUAAAAUAUCUUCUGUCUUUUACAACAUUGUGGUCCCCAUGAUGAAUCCAUUAAUCUAUAGCCUUAGGAACAAAGAUGUUAAAAUUGCUCUGAAAAAAACCUUAACCAAAAGAAAAUUUUAA